AUGUCGGAUACUGAUUCUGAGUCAGAGAGCAUCGAGGAGUUCCAGAUCAAACGGUACUUGAACAAAGAUUUCGGACAGGGAAUAAAACAAGCGAAAGCUCUCCAAAACACCCACAGUGGUAUAAAGAAACAGCCCGGAUUCUAUAAACUUCAAGAUCGAAAACAUUGGUCACAAGAUGGGAAAUCGUACGCCGGAAAACAUUGGGAUGUGGAGGGUGCGGUUCCCUUAGGAAGAGCGACUCGGCGACUUACAAUUCAUCAUAUUAACGCAGAGGUUAACAAAGAGAAAGCAAGAAAGGUUACAUUAGAAGAAUCUGAGAAAACGAUAGCCAGUCAAACACUUAGUCCCUUGAACGAAGAAUUCAAUGAUACGUUACGCUUCAGUGAGAAAAAGAUGAAAACAAAAGAAGCGUCCAUGAAAAAUCAGCAAGCUAAGGUCAAGGAUGAUAUGCAACUUCAGUUACUACAUUAUACACACGCUGGUUUGGUUGCCAUGGAAACAGAGGAAGAACGUUAUAACCAGAUUAAAUUGCUACGAGCAAUGCUAAGCAACGUUGAUAAAUCUCCUAGUGUGGAAGAUUUAGUCGACGCAAUGGCCGAAACAAACCAGAAAAGGAGUUACAUCAACAGGGAUUUAGAGGAAGCGUUCGGAAAGCUUAUUGAGGAUGAAAGGAGUCUGGAUGAUGAUUACCGUGAAGCCAUGAUGGAAAUGCUAGACGAGUCUCUUAUAAGAGUUGUCUUAAAUAAGGAUAGGGACAUAACGAAGAAGAUGUCGGAGGAUGAACAGAAAGAGCGAGUAAUGGAACAGAACAAUUUAUUCAAAGACCAGCAAAGAGCAAAAGCUAUGAAAAACUUUGAGAAGGUUCUGGCAGAUAUGAAGCGAAUUUAUCAACAAGUCCUCGACGAGGAAGAAGAAAUCGAAGAACGCUACAAAGAUAAAGUGAGAGAAUUGAAGUUCAAGGUACAGGAGGAACUUGUUAGAAAAAUCGCCGUCAAAUGGGUGCAGAAAGCAUGUGCCGACGAAAAAACUCGUCGGAUACAAGAAUUUGAAAAUGCGGGUACUACCAAAAAUAAGGUCGCCUGGGAGGCUAUGAAGAAUUUGAUGAGCAGAGUACAACGGCAAAUGAUCCUCUCAAAAUUUGACGGCAAAUGGAUUGAUUUUAAAGAAAAGGAGAAAGCAAAGAUGCACGAGCUGUUUCCGGAAACUGACCAGGACAGGAAAAUUCGAGAAAUGAGAACAAAGUCACGUCGUCCAUCUUGUGUUGUGAGAGGUGGUGAUGACUGA